AUGGCCAAGAUUGCGAUCAGCCUCCCGGAUGAGGUGCUGGAGGCAGUAGAAAAGGAGAGGCUGGGCCGAAGCAAAGUCUUGAGUCGCAGCGAAUUCAUCAAAAUAGCCGUGCAGCAGUAUCUCCAAACCGAAUCUGAAAAAAGCCUGGAGGAGCAAUACAUUCGAGGUUAUCUGGAGCAGCCCGAGACGGCCGAGGAAUCCGAAUGGCUGGAUCAGGCCGCUGCUGAAGUGUUUGCCAACAACCCCUGGCGGCAAGAGAACCAGGAUUGA